GGUUACGAAAAUGCUAGUUACGUCACUGUAAUUACCCACUUAAAAGCUUAGGUUAUGUAAUAUUCCUGAACAUAUUUAUGGAGAGUUAAAGCGAAUCGUCUUCCUUGUUCUAAUGAUUUCAACUUCUAGCGUUUCACUGACUUACGGCAGGUGAUCACGAAGGGCAAAAGCUCGAUUUACAGUUGCGUUAUUGAAAAUUAUUUGCUGACUGAUAAAAGAGUGCUACAGAUUCCAACAUUGGAGCAGAACGCACUGAAGUAACUGGCUGCACAUUUGAGGAAAGGAAGUUAACACAUCUCAGAUUUGUUUUGAGGACGAUUCCUUUUCGGUUUGAGACUGAAGGUUUCCCUGCGAGAAAGAAUUUUCCAGUCUGAAAUAUAAUGGAUGACAGGCAUCGGAUUCUCUUGCACCGCUGUUUUUCGGAGCUCGAAAAGGACCUUGAACCAAAAAAAAUACUGUCUGAAUCAGCUUCUGUACUGGACGCCACAGACGUACGACAAGUGUAUGAAAGGGACACAAGGGUGGACCGAGUACACAAGCUAUUAGAUUUACUUCCAAGGAGAGGACCGAAGGCCUUUGAUGUUUUUGUGAAAGCACUGGAGAAAAUACAGCCACACCUGACUAUUACUUUGCAAAAUGCAGAAAAGGUAAUGAUGCAGGAAGAGCUAGACAAAGGAAGAGCGAGCAGUGCGAUGAGAAGUAGCGAAAGAGAUGAGACGAAAGCAGCUUUGGAAAAAGAGAAAAAUGAGCACGAGGAAACGAAGAGGACGCUCGAAGAAAUGAAGAGUCAACAUGAAGCAAUGAUGGCUGAGAGCGCGGAGAAUUACAAAAAAGGUGUGGCGUUUAGACUGAAAUUGAAAGUUGGAAGAAGAGCUGUUAUACUAAAACCUGUUAACGGAAGAUACUUUUGGUAUUUCUUAAGGUGUCCCUGUAGAGAGUUUAUGUCAAAUUUUCUGACAUUGCUCGAACCCCCUGUAGGCAAGAUGAAGCGAAAAACGGCUUUAGAGAAACAGCAGUCAAAGAAUGAAGAAAAGCAGAGAGAAAUCAAGGAACUUGAAAUAAAAAAAGGAAACCUAGAGGCUGAGAGCAAAGCAGAAAUUAAGAGGCUAUCAGGGGAGAAAAACUCGCUUAAAAAAGAAAACGAAAGCCUUCAAGGUCGCCUCAAAAAUCAAAAAAAGAAAUCAAAUGAAAAAGUGGAACAAUUGAAAACGCAACAGGAGUCAAAGCUUGAGGCAAAGGAGAAAGAGAUAGCCGAGCUUACAAAACGGUUAAAGGGACAAGAAUCGCAAAUUAGAAAGUUUUCGGAAGAAAUUUCAAAGCUUAAAAAUGAUGAUGAAUGUUUGAGGAAAGCUUUAGAUGAAGAAAAAAAGAAGCUAAAAAAAACUGAGGAAAAAUUGCGGGCAGAAGUUAAAGCUAAAGGAGAUGCCUUUAAUGAACUGACGAAGUUGAGAGAAGGUUCCGCACGUGUUUUUCACUACAAAAACGAUUUUGACAAAUAUGGAGUUAUCUAUUGGAUGGCAUCGAACUUCAGAACUAUUGCCUGGGAACAUCCCAGCAACAAUAGUGACCUCACGAAAAGAGUAAUUGCCUCAAGAUCUUCUGACAAAGAAGGAUCGGCGAGUGAUCUGCUUGAUCAUGAGCAUAUCAAGAAGAAGAGAAGCUGCACCGAGGCCGAACAAGAAUCAUGGUGGCGUGUUGAAUUAAGCAAAAAAUAUUCAUUGUAUCUCACAGUUUAUACUCUAAGACACGGGAGAGACAAUGGCGACUCAUUCCUCUGUAAUUGGCAGCUCGAAGGGUCGUUAGACGGGUCUACCUGGAAAGUUUUGAAGAAACACAGUAAUGAUAGCAGUCUAAGAAAUUCCUCUUCAUACACUGCUACCUGGUCAGUUGAAGAAGAAACAGGAGCUUUCCGGUUUUUUCAAAUUGUUCAGACAGGAAAGAAUUCCUCGAAAGACUAUGGCAUUUACCUAACUGGUAUGGAACUGUACGGAGUACUUUUAAAAGGAUCCUACACUUAAUAAUCCAGUUGUUAAGGGACAAAAUUGUUCGAUUUUUGAUAAAAACAUCAAAAUUGGCAGAGUUACCAACCUCUAUAGGAAAAAUAUUUCCUUAGAUGAAGCCAUCCCAAAUUUGUGCCCAGGACCAUGGAAUGGACAUGUCAAAAAAAUGGCAAACAAGGCCCUGAUAUGAAAACGAGGCUGGUAAAAAAAUACUGAUAUUUUUUUUGGCCUUAGAACAACUAUGCCUGGUGUCUUGCUUUUUUCAUUCGACAUAAAAUUAACCAGUGCCUUUGAGUCUUAAGUUAUGUCACUUGAUCAUAUUAAAAAUAAAAGUGAUCGUCACGUGACCAUUUUUUUCAAAUACCAGGAAAACAAUAGGCACUGAUGAAAUCAUCACUAUUUUUUACGUGCACAAUUUAGCCAUUUGCAAUGUAGGUUCCACUAUCUAGCCUAGGAAAUUCAAACCUGAAAUGUAUUUGGGAUGUGUCAAAGACGUAAUAUCAGAACUAUGCAUCAAAUCGAGGCUGAGAUACAGCGUCAAUUUAAUGAUAUGAUUUUCUUGAGUUACUUGCUUACUGUGAUUGAGAAUCCAUCUACAUGCCCUUAGAAACUUAUAAAUAUGCCGGA